AUGACACGGAUCUUGUCAGCAGCCUUCGCGGCUUCACUCCUUCUCUUUACCUCCAGAGUCGCCGCCCAGGCCAGUCCAACAACCGCCCAGGUAGCAGGUGCUGUUCAGACCCUCGACUGCUACGAUACUCUGGGCUCCAUCCCCGACGAUUCGACCGACGACACUUUCCAGAGCGAUGGUAAAUGUCAAGUAACAUGUUCCGCCAAAGGCGCCAAAGUUAUGGUCACAUCCGCCGGCACCAGUUGCUAUUGCGGUGAUACCCUCCCUCCAAACAGCAAGAAGGUCGACAGUGACAAGUGCAAUACCCCCUGUGGAGGCUUUGGCGAAAAAACAUGUGGUGGAAUCGGCUACUACCAGUUCUAUCUGACUGGCUUGGGUGCUCCCAAGGUCGACCCCGAUUCCGCUAGCACUACUUCUGCAGGACCAUCAUCGACCUCAUCUUCAGCCACCAGCGCUGCGAAUACAGUUGUUGUCACCGAGGAUCCUACCCCAUCAUCUGAGAGCUCAGGUGGUGGUGGGAGCUCCAAGGUGGGCAUCGCUGUUGGCGUGGUGGUCGGGAUCGUGGCUUUGGCAUCGAUUGCUGGUGUCGGCGUUUUUAUCUUCAAGCGCAGAAGGAGGCAACAACUUGAGGAGGGACACCGCCGUAGCGCUGCCAUCAACGGCUUCGUUAACGGUUCCAAGUCCGAGACCAGCUCAGCCAACGACUCGAGACUGGAUCCUUCCAUCUAUUCGCACCGCCGUGAGAGCAUCGGCAGCAUUGCAGACGAGCGAGAUUUCUCAAGGCGGAUAUUACAGGUCCGGAAUCCCGACCGAGAGAGCAGGGCAUCACACGUAUAG